AUGGACUGGGCACGGCACCGACAAAAACCCAUCGGAGAUAAUAAUAGUUGCGACCGGAUACGUUACCGACAACGUUCGUAUGGCGCGGCGGUGAGAAGCGGAAGCAACGGCCGAGGGGGGGAUUUGUCCGACGGCGCGUCGUUACGCCGUUGUUGUGCGUCGGUUUGCCGCCAAAAACCGUUCGACCCGCGUCACCCGCCCGACAUCGUUUACACAUCUUCCUAACCUGGCCGUUGUUCAACCGCCAUCGUCCACUUCGCGCGCACUACCCCUUGUCAUCCGUUUUUCCCAACGCGUUCGCCCCCGCACGCGCCACCAGGAUUCGAUUGCCGCUGCUGUUGCGCACCAUGGCGACCAGAACGAGCACGGGCCCGUCCGGUUCCGGUCGCGAGAUGUCCGAGUACGAGCGCCAGCGGCUGGAGAACAUCAAAGAGAUGCAAGGGCAGUUCAGUGAUUUAUUUGAUGAUGUUAAACAAUCAGCUGAGAUUUUAGCAAAAUCCACUGGUCAAAUUGCUUCAAAGAAUCUAGGUGUUUGUGGUAGAAAACGUAGACAGAAAUCUAUUGAUUGUCCAAGUAAUAAAAGAACUAAAUCUGAUCCAUCAACUCCAAGUAAAACUAUUGUAAGACGUUCGGCCCGCAUAAUAAAAGAAAAUAGGAAAUCAACAAAUUAUAAUGAAGAAAGCGAUAGUGAUUCUGAAAAAACAAAUAAAAAAAUUCGUCAUGGUUCUUUACUUAUAAAGUUCCCUUGGUCCAAAAAAAAUACAGCAACAGAUGAGGCAUAUUAUAGUGCUCUUGGUGAUGACGAUUUUAUUAAUGAUGAUGAUGAAGAAUAUUAUUAUAAUGAUAAAAAUCAUUCCAAAAGAACAACUCGUAGAAGUUCUGUACCUAUACCUCGAUUGCCUGUAUCUAAAGUAACAGAAGAAAUGUUAAGUAACAUUACCUAUAGUUCAGUGGGAAAACAGUACAGUGCCAAUGGUACAACUUGUCAUCAAUGCCGUCAGAAAACAUUGGAUCAAAAGUCGUAUUGCCGUUACAAAAAAUGCAGAGGUGUCCGCGGUAUGUUUUGUGGAUUUUGUUUGGGAAAUCGUUAUGGUGAAAAUGUUGCUGAAGUAUUAUUAAAUGAGAAAUGGGCAUGUCCACCUUGUCGCGGAUACUGUAACUGUAGCAUAUGCAGACGUAAAAAUGGUAGAAAUCCAACUGGUCAAUUAGCACCAAUAGCAUCAGCUCAAGGUUAUAAGUCUGUUAGACACUUGUUAAAUAACCUUGAAGGUGAGGAAUCUGAGAACAAUAUAAGCAGUGAUUCUGAGAUUGAAGAUGAAAAAAAUGAAAAAGAAGAUAUUUCUAAAAUUAACUGCAACGAAGAAAAUAAACAUGAUAUUUCUAAAGGUAGCGAUGACAAAGACAAUGAACAAGAUAUUUCUAAAAGUAACAGUGAAAAAGAAAAUAAACCAGAUAUUUCUAAAGUUAGCGAUGACAAAGAAAAUGAACAAGAUAUUUCUAAAAGUAACAGUGAAAAAGAAAAUGAACCAGAUAUUUCUAAAGUUAGCGAUGACAAAGAAAAUGAACAAGAUAUUUCUAAAGGUAACAGUGAAAACGAAAGUGACUUUAUGAUUAAAAACAGAGAUAUUGUAAUUGAUGAGCAAUCUGAAUUGACUAACGGUACUGAAAAUUCAAACAAAAAGACUGUUAAUAUUAACAGUGAAAUCGAAAAGUCAUUAGAAACAAAUGAUGUUAGAAAAAUUGAAUUGGAUAGCUGUAAUCCAGCAGACCUGAUAGAUAAAAUUUAUCAAGAUCUUAUAUUAUCUAAACUUGGAAUAAUUUAAAAAAUGUAAUAGUAAUAGUAAUAGUACCUAUAGAUAUUAGAAUAUUUUUUUUCUAGUUAGAUUAAGUUAUUAAAUAUUUUAAUUCAAAAUCAUAAGAAUAAGAAUUGUUAUAUACUGAACCAUAGAAGAUCUAAUUUAUAAUUUAAAUUUUUUUACUAUUUCAUGUAUUCUCUUGAUGUAAGACUCGAAAUAUUUUAAACAUUUC